AAACUCUGUAUAAGCCCUAGUGGGAGACGCAGCCAUGCCAAGAUAGGCGUUAACGUAACUGGAGGAUGCUCUGAUUGCUGCAGAAAAUCGACAUCUUCAUCUCACUUCUGGAGAGGUGGGAGCCAGGUGAGCAGCAAUUUCCCUGUAGGAACUUCCCCCAUGCGCUCCACAUUUUUUGUCGGAGGAAUUUAAUCUCACCAGCCGAAAAGCGCGGCUCCCCGUGUCACCGUUCCUUUAAAGGACGCGGGUCGAAGCCCCGCCCACUACGGUAAGCGAAGGGGUGUCUCCGGAGAGCACUUAUUGGCUCCUUCUGCCUGACCUUUUAAAUGGCCGACCCCAGGACGCGUAAUGCUGAAGCUGUCAUUCUCUUCUAAAGAAGAGCUUUUCCUCAUCAAGUGGGGAUGAUUAUAGUUCUUCCCAAAAAGGUGGCACGGGGGCCAUUCUUUGAGAAGCACUACUGAAGACACCUCCUCUUUUCCUCUUUCACCUUUGACAAGUCACACCUCUGAUGGCUGCUGUUUUUCUAAAUAGGUUAAUUCUACAAACUGUAAAGACGGAAAAUAAUUGCAUUAGAAGAUGUUUUGGUAAACACAUUGUACAAAGGACAGCACCAGCACAGUUGUCCCCUGCCGCUUCUGCCCCAAGGCUGUCCUUCCUAAUUCAUACGAAGGCUUUUAGCACCAUCCAAGACAUCCAGGAUGAGAGAAAAAAGAAAAAAAAGGAUGGAACAGCUUUUAGUAACACUGGAAGAAAAAUUAGUGAGCGAAUUAUUCACGUACUUGAUGAGAAGGGCAAUGAUUUGGGAAUCAUGCACCGAGCAGAUGUGAUUAGACUCCUGGAUGAGCGAGACCUGAGACUGGUGCAAAAGAAUCCCAGCGCAGAGCCUCCGCAGUACCAGCUCAUGACAGGGAUACAGAUUCACGAAGAACGCAUGAGGCUGAGAGAGAGGGAGAAGGCUAGUCCGAAAACUGGACCAACCCUGACAAAGGAGCUAACUUUUUCUUCAAAUAUUGCACAACAUGAUUUGGACACAAAGAGUAAACAGAUUCAGCAGUGGAUUGAGAAAAAACACAAAGUUCAAAUUACUAUAAAGAAAGGGAAAAACGCAGAUGAGCCAGAAAAUAAAAUGGAAGAGAUAUUUAAUCAAAUACUCCAGACUAUGCCUGGAAUGGCCACCUUCUCAUCCAAGCCACAACCUAUUAGAGGAGGAAAAGCGUUAAUGUGUGUUCUCCGUCCUUUAACCAAAAAGGAAGAGAACGAAUAUCAAGAAACCCAGAAAAAAGACACUUUGAACAAAGAAAAUGGAAAUGAUACAGAUUCAGAUGUUCUACAACUAUGAUUUUAAUAAAGAAAAAUACACUUCUGAGAGAAAA